GAUGUCUGUACAGAUACACAUGUUUUACUUAAUCACCAUACCAGCUUUUCACUGGACCUAACUACCAAUCUGGAAAUUUGAAACAAGCAACUGCCAACAAUACAUCAAAGGGAAUAGAAGAAAGAAAAAGAAAUUUACAGCUGCAUCCUUUUAAUUAUUCACAUCUUACAACCAAAUGAGCUCUCUAAAAAUUGGCUGCAUUUGAUUCAAAAGGAAGUAAUUACAUGUAUUACCCAAUCUGAUUACAAGGAGAAGAAACCACUGCUAUAUAAGGAUAUAUAUAUAAAGAUAUAACACCUGGCAUCCACCUUAUCAACAAUUCUUUACAAGAAAAAAAGCUGGAAAAUGACAGAUGAUUGGAUGCUUCCAAAUUCCACCCUGGAUUACCCUCUCUACUACUAUGGAAAUGAAUCCUGGAAUUCUUCACAAUGGCCUAUGGAUUCCCACUUUGAGAUCUCUGACUUUGAGAGCCCUAAUCUGCUGCGUAAUAGUGGCUGGAGGAUUUUUAUGAUAAUUCUGUUUGGAGCCGUCAUCUUUUUGGGUUUUAUUGAGAAUUUGAUGGUGAUUAUAGUAAUAAUUAUUAACAGACGACUUCACACUGUGACAAAUAUAUUCAUUUCUACACUGGCAUUCUCGGACAUAAUGCUCUGUGCGUUUAAUUUGCCAUUCCAGCUGCAUUAUGGUUUGACAGAUUACUGGUCAUUCGGUCCAGUUCUGUGCCAAAUUAUUAUUCCUAUGUUCGCUGUUCCAGUUUUCAUGUCCACACUUGCUAUGCUCAUGAUUGCUGUUGAAAGAUACAUCCUAAUCGUAUUCCCAUUUCGCAAGCGACUGACCAUACAAAUGGCUUUAAUCAUUGUGUUUUUUAUAAUAAUUUUCUCUGUGGUGUGCUCAAUUCCAAUAAUUCUACACACAGAGCAAAGUCAAGAAGUGAUUGAUCUCCGACCUUUUAUUCAAGACAUUAUCGAAAAAAGUUUCUGCAUAGAAAAUUGGAAGUUAAAAACAAGUCGAGCAUACACAAUGUUUGUCUUUGUGCUACAAUUUUUUAUACCAUACAUCAUAAUUUCUGUACUCUAUUUCCAAAUCUACCAAGUUCUGAAAAAACGUCCCAUAAAACGAAAGGAAACUAGAAAGAACUACCAAACAACACGAAUUUUAAUAGCAAUAACAACAACUUUUACCAUAUCAUGGCUUCCUUUUCAGAUUUUUAGCAUAGUUUCAUACUUCAAUCCAAACAUUAGUACCCAUUUAGGGCAUGCUUACAAAUUAACAGACUUAAUUUUAAAAAUAAUUGCCAUGAGUUCAGCCUGUGUAAACCCAUUCUUAUAUGGCUGGCUGAAUGAUAAAUUCCGACAGGAAUUCGGAACUAUGUUGGGAAAGCGGAUGAAAAAGAUGCAAGUUAGUAGGAAUGGGUACUUUCGUACUUCAGGCCAAACAUCAAUUGAUUAUCGGACUGAACGAAACUGUGCAACAGGAAACCUUUGAUUUGUGCACAGGUUGUGUGCAGGGAUAGAUUAUGGACAUGAUGUAUAAAAAAUUCAAAUUCUCUAGUUCACUAUAUAUUAAAUAUACAUGAUGAUCAGUGCAUAUACUGCAUGUAGUUACAUAAUAAUCAAUCCUUGUUGCAUUUACCUGAAUUAAAUUAAUUAAAUGAAAUGUACUA